GGUCACUUUCACACGCAUUUCGUACCGUCAACACCUACUUAUCACCGGUGCGCGUGUUGCCUUUAAAAGCUUGCGUAAAGUCAGAGAAGCAGAACUCGCACGCUCAUGGAAAACAUUUCUAGUUUGAACAAAUAUCUUCUACAGCCCGGCAGAAUGUCACGCUUUAGUUAUCAUGAUUUCAAGACGUUCCAUGAAAGAGAUUUGAAUGACCUCUAUUCUGAAAAACUGCAAAUUGACAAGAAAGACGAGAGUCCCCACGAAUUUCUGGGAACAAGAAUGACUGAAGUUCAAAAAAAAGAACAAGAAAAUGAGAAUAGAGAGCUGACGGAAGAAGUCCGAGAUACAACGACGCCUAAACAGGACAGUGACGAUGAAAUAAAGAAUGACCGCGAGAAAUCUACGGAUGAAGACAAAACCAAACGCUCCAAAGAUGACGAACGAAACUCAGAGACAUUUGUUGCUGUCAUCGCACAGGCAAUUCUCAGCGUUCCCACAAAGCGAAUGACUUUGAGCUCCAUUUACAACUUUAUCGCGCGGAACUACCCGCAUUUUGAUAAAGAGAAGGGACCAGGCUGGAGAAAUAGCGUCAGACAUAAUCUGUCCAGUAAUGACUGCUUUGUGAAGGCGAGCAGAGCCGAAAACGGAAAGGGGCAUUAUUGGAUGAUCCACCCGAAAGAUCUACCAGAGUUUGCUAAAGGGAAUUUCAGACGACGCAGGAAACCUCGCCGUCCCAAGUGCAGCCAUCCUCUCAUGUUCAGAGAAAGUCCAUUUCUUUAUCAUUCAUUUCCACCAAGCUUCUCAACAUUCCCUUACACGGCGCAUUUGAGAUCAGCCCCUGGUGACGUGCCCACUGAAUUACCUGUACCUUUACCAUAUGGUUCCAGUGAGCGCACGCUGUCGCCUGCUUUCCGUCCAAGACUUGGCCUUUUGCCGGGGUAUGAUGAUGGUAGAGCUUUAGGCACCGGUUCCCAUGCGUUCACCUACUCGACAUCUGCGCUGAGAUUAGCUGAAGCAUCGACCGCAAGGAGCUUUCCAACAGCCAGUGGACUGACAAACUUUCAUGGCUCUUUUCAUUAUCCGUGUGCAUGUCAUCGUUAAAUGAACAGAGCAUACAAAGUUGGAUUCAUGGCGAACAUUUUCCCUCAAGUUCGUAUAAAUUAAAAAAAAAAAAAAACUAUGAACUUCUACACGCUGCCGCUUUCAGUAAUGUCGCCAGGAUGGCAAUCAUUCCAGUGAUAUUCAUAAAAUUUCUGGAUUAGAAUUUAUCUACGCCACAUACAAAUUAUUUGGUCGACUGUUGGAUUCUGAUAUUUUUGAGUCGAGGCAAAAGUCACCAGAUCAUGCAAGUGCUAUUUAUUUCAUAACUUUUUAUCGAAAACAUCAUUUUAGUGAAACACUAUAGUCUGACAAGUUUAAGAGUUUAACUAAAAGAUAAACUUAAUUUAAACUGAAGUAGUUAACAAGUCGAGACUGAGUGCUUUUAGCGUUUUAAUGGUUCAAGGAAUAUUUCCGCUAAUCUGUUAAAGUUUGUAAAUACAUUUGUGAAAUUGGCGUUUGAUCGGAUCCGUUUAUGUACAUAGAGAAACUUAGCUUACCGCUACCAAUAAAAUUUCUAAAUGAAA